CAUGCGAUGUACAACAUGACUGCUCUACCCAACAUCCUCGGACACACCAAGCAGGACGAGGCAUCGCUAGAGGUGCACCAGUACUACCCCCUUGUGAAAAUGGGCUGUUCGGAUGUUCUGGACCAGUUCCUGUGCUUCGUGUACGCCCCUCCAUGCACAGUUCUGGACUCGGCCAUCCCUCCCUGCCGCAGUCUGUGCGAAUCUGCUAGGGGAAGCUGCGAAGGUCUGAUGAUGAAGUUUGGCUUCGCCUGGCCGGACAAUCUGGACUGUUCCAAGUUUCCAGAAGACCAUAAUCUUUGUUUGGGCACACCUGUCGGGAAACCAGCCAACACAAAGGCACCUCCUGUCCCAGGUUACCAGGGCAGGGUGGGAGACUGCUCUGGGAACGAGAUCUGGCCGCUGUACGGGAAGGGGAUCCAACUGGAGGAGUGCGCAAGAAGGUGCACAGAUGAGGCUGACUGCGUGGCUUUUAUGUACUCUGAGGGAAACUGCCACCCCAAGUUCCAGACUUACUCCUAA